AUGACAACUGAAACUUACACAUUGGCAGAGGUGCUGGCCGUCGCUAAGAAACACCCUUUUUAUAACCCAGAAAUUGUAUACCCCGCCGAUGAAGAAACAAUUCAGAAACUUCGGGAGUUGGUUAUUGACCAAAACGUGAUACCUGAAUUCCAAGAGCAGCCACUUCUUGGGAAGAAAACACUGUACAAGGCAAUUGAGCGACUCACACAUGAUGUGGACCCGCGGAACACCUAUCGCGAAAGCUCCUACAUGACCAUUACCGGCGGUGGCUCUGGCGGAGUGCCUAUGAUGUUUGCCGUGGAUGUGCACGAGAACCGUCGGCAGAGAUUGAAAAUGGGGCAAUUUCUCAAACUGUGCGGUGUCAUUAAGCGCGGAGAUUGGGUCCUAUCCACUCAUUCGGCUGGAGAGUUUUACAGGUCCCUCGAUCUCACGACAGAAAUCAUGGAAAACGCAGGAGCAACCGUUCUCAGCGCCGGAAACCACAUGCCACCUACGGAUGUUGCCAAAUCCCUGGCCGACUACCAUGUCAACAUCCUAACCGGCGACGGCAGCCAGAUCGUCCAAACCGUCCAUCAUAUCUCCCUCAUGGCAGAGGAGGACCGUAAUCGCAUCUGUCUCGACAAGAUCAUCUAUACCUCCGAGCCCUUAACUGGUUCUCAGCGAGCGUUCAUCAAGUCGAUUUUGGGCGACGUCAUGAUCGCCUCCCUCAUGGGAAGUGCAGAGGCAGGUCCCUGGGCAAUCAGCAGUCCCGAACUAACAGGGGAGCAAAGCCUGACCAGCAGCAGCACUGACUUCAUCAUUGACAUGCGCAGCAUGCUGAUUGAGAUCGUUUCUCCCUCUGCCGUCGAUGGCGUAUCUUCGUCUGAUUCGAUCGUGCUUCCAGAGGGAGAACAAGGACUUGUCGUGCAGACAUCUCUACAGCGACUACACAAUCCGUUGGUGCGCUACAUUACUGGUGAUAUUGGCUCCAUCCACCCACUCCCGAGCACGGCCUUUGCAGUGAUUCCAGAAGCUGAUCGGGAGCAUCUCCGUGUGCUGCGACUGCGCGGCCGUGACCAUCGUUUCAGCUUCAAGUGGUGUGCCUCUUAUUUUGAGUUUGAGAGGAUUGAUGCUUUUAUGCAGGCGGAGGAAUGUGGUAUUCUGCAGUGGCAGCUCGUUUUAGAUCGGUUGGAGGGUACACCGCUGGCAACGCUGGAAAUUCGGCUGCUUCGGUCCCCACCCCGGGAUGGCAUUUUAUCGAAUGACGAUCUUAUCAAGCGCUUGGAGGCUUUCUUUCUUUUAACCCUUGAGGAUGAACAUCUGUUCCGAAUCGUGUUUCUGGAUGGUCUUGGAGGGUUCGAAAGGAGUGCUACUGCGGGAAAAGUUAUUAAAUUUGUGAAUCGAUGGGAUUGA